AGCAUCCGAGGAUAAGCCAUUGCCCGAUGCGGGUUAGAGCGACUAUGGCUGAUAUCAGCCACUCGAGCUGGCCGCUAAACGAUAUAAACCCUCCUUGUUUUCUGGCUUCGGGUUUCGCGGCGGACGUCAGCCAGUAUCUCGCAAUUUCAUACCAGCGGUACGGAAUGCGUCAGUCAAGUAUCGAGCCACAGCCGACAACCGAUGAUGCAGGCUCUGCCGGCAGGAAACCCGAACGGGGAAAGUCGAAGGCCAAGGAAGCCCGUCGGGAUCCGGAGAAGAGGCGGCAGCAGAACCAAAGGGCACAGCAGAAAUAUAGGCAAAAACGGCGGCAGCGUAUCCUCGAGCUCGAGAACCUAGCUAGUGCCAUCGCUUCUGCGUCUGAUGUGGGCUCGAGACACCGCCAGGACGCUCACAGCCACGAGCCAUGGCAAGACAUGAUCUGCCAGUCAGUAGAACCGCCACCCCAUCCCUUGCCAGGGCAUAAUACCAGCGGCGAUGUCGUACCUCACACGGAUAGCCGCUCGGGGCCCCCCACUACAACCACCUCAGGUGACCAUGGCCAUGAGACUGUAGGGCCCGGGUUAGCAUCCACAUGGCGGUGGCACGCUCCCGACAUUACCAACGACGGCUUCGCCAGCGAAAUUUGGAGCAUCCGGUUCUUUGACUGCGGAUGCGAGGUGCCGCACAUCCCGACCCCGACAGCGGCAGACCUAGCGGGCGUGCGUGGCGGUCCUGCGAGCCGAACAUUGGAAACAGUCAACUUCUUUUCUGACCCCUACGCCAACAUGCUCCGCGUAGACAAGCUCUGCAGCUUGGAGGCGAUGCGACGGAACUGCCUAGCAAUCGGCAUCUCGGUCGACAUGUGCUACUCGGACGACUCGGUGUCGCCGUUCUUCCGCGACGCCGACUACGGCGCCGACCCGAGCAGCAGCCUCGUGCAGUCCGUGCAGGGCAUCUUCCGGACCCUCAAGCCCGACCUGCGUCCGUGCAGCGAGCAGAUCACCGUCAGCCACCAUCCUUACAUCGACAUCCUGCCGUUCCCCAGCGUGCGGGCCAAUCUGAUCAGGAGCAUCGGGAGCAUCGACGAGGACGAAUUCUUCUACGAUUCUAUCAACGGCUUGAUCUGCUGGGGUGGUGCGGCACGUAGCCGCGGGGGGACGACUGGGGUGGGGACGGGGACACCGUGGGAUGUGAGGAGCUGGGAGGCGAAGGAGUGGUAUCUCCAGAAGUGGUGGUUCAUCGUCGGCGGCGAGGAGGGCGAGCUCGUGAGGCAAUCACGGUGGUGGAGAGCCUUGCGAGGUGAGGAUCUGGAGUAGCCCAUCGGAGUCAGGUCGGUUUUGGCCCCUUGCCCUUAACCACUUUCCCUAGGUAUGCCUCAGUCGUGGGCCAGAUUCGGGGCAAGGCCAUCGGCCUACCGCCAACCCGGAAACAGACGCUGUGAAUUAUGUGCUAGCUGGUAGGGAUGAAAAGUCUUCAUAUAAUACCUAGGUACCUACUUGGAAUGUGAAAGAAACAGGUUCUUGGCAUGGGAAAGUUGGGUAGGCAGUUGGCGGCACCAUGAGAUAUCUCCACGUGCAAAAAGCUCGACGAGAUAAAUCGACUUCCUGUUUAACUAGCCAUUCUUCAAUCUCUUAAGCUUGUGCACAGGCCGUGUUGAACAUCCAAC